UAUAUAUUCAUAUUAUUGAAAUGGAGGAUUCUUUAGCAUACAAAUUAUGUACUCCUUUACCAUUACCACCUUUAAAAAACACUCUGACAUAAUAAUAAAUCACCAAAGUCUGUUCUGAUAUUACUUGCGAUAAAAGACCAUUUAUUUAAUCUCCAGAAGAUCCACAAUUGUUUCAUAAUGAUCAUCUUUCCAAAAUUAUCGAUGUCGAAGCAUUUGUACUUUUUUUAUUUUAUUUAAGACCUCAUAAUUUUGUGAAGAAAUGUCUAGAUUAGCUAAUCAAAAUAUUGUUCUCUAUUAAGAAUUUAUGUAAAAUAAAGAAAAUAUCAGUUUGUUGUAAAUUUUAGAAUAAGGGGAAGCUCAUUUAUAAAAAAUUGAUGAAAUGGUUAUUAGAUAAAAAGUAAUUUAAUUAUUUAUAAUUCUUAGACUGAAUUAGCUAUUGAUAUUACUAAUCUUUAAGAAAAGAUAAUGGUUGUAAUUCAAUCAAUAAAGGAGGAAAAUAUGAAAAGACUUGAUAGUUUUAAUGAGUAAUACAAAUAAUCCUUUAUCACAUUAAAGGCAAAUAUUGAUUAAUUUUUCCUAUUGUCCAGAUAAAACUUUUAUUAUUCAAAUUAGAAUACAUUUUAAUAUAAAUUGGCAUCUUUAGGUACACCAGAUGCGCAAUCAUUUUUAUCGAAUUUAAAAAGUCAUUUGAAUAAAAGCAAAUAACUUUCAUAAGGAAAUGUUACUCCAUUAUAAAUGUUAACUGAUUUACAAACUUUAGCAAGAUUCUUAUUAUAAAUGACUAAUUCUCCUCCAAAUUAUGAUAAACUACAAAAUCCAUAGACAAAUAUAUUAGAUUCAGUAGUAAAUGAAGUUGGAUUUGUAUUAAAUAAUGUUGUAUCUGCUAGACUCUAUAUACCUUUUGGCAGUAAUAAAGAAUUAUCUUAAGUUUAGACAGGAGAAAACAAUUUAUAACUAUAAAUGGCAGCUAGAAAUAUAGAUAAGUAAUAAAUAUAAUAGAUUUAGUUUCUAAUUAAAACCAACUAAAAAGUUUUCAAUAGGAGCAUAAAUAUCUUGUAUUCUAUCAAUUUUAGAUAAUUUAUUUGCAAUUGGUUGUUAAAAUGAUAAUCACUUAAGAAUAUUUGAUACAACAUAAAAAAAGAUAUCGACAUUAUUUGGUCACACUUAAAAUAUAGUAUAUUUAGAGAAGAUUUGUACUACUGAAACAAAUAGUAGAUAAUUUGUAUCUUUAGGUUAGGAUAAAUUAUUGAUUGUUUGGAAUAUUGAUGAUAUAAUGAUUUCUACAUAACCCAGAGUGUUUAGAAAGAUUUAAUUAUCAUAAAUGGCAAAUAAUGCUUUAGAUUUAAAAGAUAAUACACAUAUAGCAUUUAGUGAUUUAAAUAGAGAUAUUAAUAUUUGUAAUUUCUACACUUAAAAGAUUGGUACAAAUAAUACAAAACAUUUAAAUAAAAUUAAUGGAUUGACACUUUUAAAAAAAGGUGAGAAAUUCAUCUCUUAUUCAUCUGAUUCAAUUAUCAAUAUUUGGAGACUAAUGAAAUAUGGUUCUUCUUAAGAUCCUGUUUUAAUAUGUGAUUAGAAUUUACAUGAUCCCCUUUAUGGUUCUAUCAGUUAGAUAUUUAUUACAACAUAAUGGCCAGGUCAUUGUAUUAUUGUUUCAAAUGAAGGAGCAGUUAAAUUAUUUGAUUUUAAUAAGUAAUUUUAUAAUUUAUUAUCUAUUUAGAAAUUGUAUUGUAUUUUCUAAAUUUGGAAAUAGAAAAAUAUCUAGUACUUUAAUGGAAAGUGUUUUAAUUGAAGUUUCUGAUUAAAAAAGUAUAUUUCUUAAUUAAAGUAAGUUAAUCCUCCAAUUUGGUUGAUUACAUUUAGUUUCAAUGAUAAUGUUGCAACUUAACAUCAUUUGAGUAUGAAUCCUUAUGCUAUGCAUUCAUCUGAUAUCAAAUUAGGACAUCAAUUAACAGUUGCAUAAUAAAUUUAUGGUAAACAUAAGGUUUAAUUAUUUACUUAAUCCUCUCCUGCUUCAAGUGGAAGUGGUAAAAUAGGCACAAAUAUACUUCUGUUUAGCAGUGAUACAUCAGAUGAAUUAUUGAUGUAUGAAUUGAAAGGAAUUUGAACAUUCUAAAACAUUCAUAAAUAGUAUAUGC